CGUCGUCCUCUAACUCUAACCUCGGCUCACCGCAGGGUUUAACGAAUCAGAUCUCUUCGUCGUUUUGUUCUUGUUCUUCUUCUUCUUCUUCCUCUUUCUCCUCUCUGUGUUGCGUUCUCUCCUUCUCUUCUCACAUUCACUGGUACGCCAUUUCCUUCUUACCUCAAAUCCUGAUUUCUCAUUUCUCAGCUUAAUUUUGAUUUAAUCUUAAUUGGUCUGAAUUCAAAAUUGUUCCAUCGCCGUAACGUAUAAACCCUAAUCUCAAAGGAUCAUUGCAAUUCGCAGAUGAACUCACUCGCCAUCAGAGCCUCGAAGGUUCUGAGAUCCUCUUCAAUAUCUCCACUAGCAAUGAGUAGUAUUGAGAGAGGCUCGAGGGUUUGGUUCUCGACUGGUCCGAUUGAUGAAGGUGUGGAAGAAGAUUUUCAAGAAACCAUCUCAGAAAGACCUGAGCUUCAACCUCAAGGAGUUGAUCCCCGUAAAGGUUGGGGAUUUCGCGGUGUCCAUAGGGCGAUCAUUUGUGGGAAGGUAGGGCAAUCGCCGUUACAGAAGAUCUUAAGGAACGGGCGGACAGUAACGAUCUUCACAGUAGGAACAGGUGGCAUGUUUGAUCAGAGGCUUGUUGGAGCCACUAAUCAGCCGAAACCAGCUCAGUGGCAUAGAAUCGCAGUGCACAACGAAGUGCUUGGUUCUUACGCUGUCCAAAAAAUCGCUAAAAACUCAUCGGUUUAUGUGGAAGGUGAUAUUGAGACUAGAGUGUAUAAUGAUAGCAUCAGCGGUGAAGUGAAGAGUAUCCCUGAGAUAUGCGUUCGUCAUGAUGGGAAGAUCCGGCUGAUCAAAUAUGGUGAAAGCAUUAGCAAAAUCUCUUUCGAUGAGCUAAAAGAAGGAUUGAUUUAGAGUCGGAGCAAGAAUAUUCCGGUGGCCAGAGGAGAGCAAACUGAAUCAAAGUUUUACUGAGUAAAAUCAACAAAACAGUUUGGUUUUGUUUGUUCUGUGACUUUGUGAGGAGGACUGAGUUCCUUUUUAUGGAUGUCUGGGGGGUGUUUAUGUAAUUUCUGGUCAAAAUGAAGUAAGCCAUGCCAUGCAUUAGUUUAGUUUUACUGAA